AUGGAAGCGAAUCUCUCUGCCUGUCCCACCUAUCACGCCGGAGCAGAACCUCAUCCAACCUCCAUCCUUGAUCCGCGACAGCAAUCCCCCGACAACGAGAAACCAGCAGCACCGACAUCUUCACACCCACAGCUGCAGGCACACAACGACCACACCAUGGCCGAAGCUCCGAAACCGAGCAGCAGCGUCAAGCUAGUGCUGCUGGGAGAGGCAGCGGUUGGAAAGUCCUCCCUCGUACUGCGGUUCGUCAACAAUGACUUCCAGGAGAACAAGGAGCCCACGAUCGGAGGCGAGACGCUAACCUGGCAUGCCACCGCAGCCGCCUUCCUGACCCAGAAGUGCAACCUGCCCACGCGGACCAUCAAGUUCGAGAUCUGGGAUACCGCCGGCCAGGAGCGCUUCGCCUCGUUAGCUCCCAUGUACUACCGCAACGCCCAAGCCGCCCUCGUCGUCUACGACCUGACCAAGCCCACGUCCCUCGUCAAGGCAAAGCACUGGGUUGCCGAGCUGCAGCGCCAAGCCUCGCCCGGCAUCGUCAUCGCCCUCGUGGGCAACAAGUUGGAUCUGACCAACGAGUCCGGCGACGCAGACAGCGAGGCGGCAGACGGCGACGAGUCCGGCGAUGCUAGGAAGAUAUCGACCGAGGAGGCCCAGGCAUACGCCGAGGAGGAGAGCCUGCUGUUCUUCGAGACAAGUGCAAAGACGGGCCACAACGUCUCCGAGGUCUUCACGGCCAUCGCAAACGCAAUCCCAGAGACGUCGUUGAAGAGCACGAGAGGCCCGGGCGCCGCGAACGCUGUAAGCCGGGGUGGCGAUGAGCAGCGGGUGAAUCUCAACGGGCCGAGGGAGGCUGCCAAGGAGGGCUGCGCGUGCUGA